AUGCUCGAUUUCCGUCAUCAUCGUUGGUAUCAAGACGGAAUUUAUCAAAAGUCGAAUGCUAUUCGAGCCAAUUUUGCGGCUGAUUCGAAUCAUCUGGUGAAAUUCUACGUUCCAAUUAGAUUUUAUGCAUACUUGAUGUCUUCCAAACAAAAAAUUGCUGACGAAGGUGUAGCCCAUGAUUUUAUUAACGGUGCUCUUGAUAUAGUCUUAACAGUCCUUUGGAUACUCAAUUUCAAUGAUAUGGACCGAUGCCUAGAAUUUAAUAUUUGGGAUGAAAAAGUUCAUUUGACUCCACGACUCAUUUUGUUAUAA